AUGGGUCAAUUAGUGGUCAUCAAAUGGAUGCAACCUGGGGAGCCGGCGACGACGGACGAGACGACGACGACGACGACGACGACGAGGGUCUGGGGUGAGCUAUGGGCGCUGGUGGCGUCAUCGACGGUCUUUAAUACGAGACUCCAGAUAAAGAAGAGGCAACAAGAUGUGGUGAGGUUUCUGGAAGCCAAUCGUAUAGAGUUUGAAGAGGUGGAUAUCACAAUGUCAGAGGAGAAAAGGCAGUGGAUGUAUAAAAAUAUUCCUGAGGACAGGCAGCCUGCGCAAGGCAAUCCACUGCCACCGCAGAUAUUUAGUGAUGAUCAGUACUGUGGAGAUUACGAUGGCUUUUUUGAAUCAAAGGAAAGCAACACUGUCUUCUCCUUUCUCGGACUGAAACCUAGUUUGACAUCAAAGAAGUCAGAACCCUAGAAAACCUGUCUGAAGCUUCAACCAGCACAUCUUCUGAAUGAAUGACCCUGUUGUUCAGUGCACGAUGGCUUCCCUAAUGGAUCACUGUGAUAGAGCAACACGCAUCAUUGUUAGUAUUCUGCUUGCCACUGGGAUGGUGCUCGCCAACAGUAUGGAGUUAAUAACACAUAUGAAAUGGGGUGACGACUGAGCUACUCAUCUUCCUUUUCAGAAAUAUUCAUUGUUGAUGUUUCACGUUUGUCUUUAGAUAGCUUUUAUAACUGGCACUGACAUUCUGUCUGACACAUACAUUUGAGGAUGAUAAAUGGUCGUGUAGGGCCUGUAUUGUUAACAGAUAAACUUACCUAGUCAGAUUCCUUACCUUUUUGAAGUGUUGUAACUAAUGCACUUGGAAUUAGUUCAUCGUGACAGCUAAAGUUCUGGUGCUUAUUAGAAAGUCUGUGCUAUCUACAAUCCAAAAGAUAAAAACAGUCAAUCUUAAGAUCUCAUUCCAAGGUAAGAGCUACCAUAUUUCUGCUCUACCUUUAUUUAUUGCGAUGUUUAUGCUAGCAUAUGUUUAUUGUAAGAGACACGAGCUGCUAACCCUGGUCAUGAAAACUUGAUUUGCCUCAUGAUGCACAUUGCAGCUGGCUGUUUAAAAACAGUUGUUAUCAUGGAGGGGAUGCCAAGGUGCAAUAUUUUGACAUGGGUCCUUUUCCAAAUAGAGGUAAAAUGUUCACAGAUAGAAAAUACUGGGUAGUUCAGAAGAAGAGGUCUCACAGCUAGGUGAUCUCUUAAGUGAGAAAGACAUAGUGCCCGAGGUUAGAGCUCUUCACUUGGACUGUCUUAAAAUGAAAAUUUGCCAAAACCUUGAGUUUACCUCCCAUAAUACACUGCUCCACCAUUAUCCACAAAAGGGCCAGGAGGGUACUUUGAGAGUGAGGGCUCAAUCCUGUAGAAGGUUGAACACUCUGCCCUGGUCCUGGAGCACACCUAAUUUGCUCAGCUGUUGUUCCCAUACCUGCCCCCAGGUAUGGGAAUCGUUGGGGUGCCUCAAAGACAAUGAGAAAGCUGAGUGUGUGUUUUACUGGAUGAAGCUGCGGUAGUCAGCCCUGCUGAGAAGCAGGAGCUAAGAAAAAGAAGUAGAGAUGAUCCCAGAGGGAUUAUUUUGAUGAUAGCAGAACUUAGGCCCCUAAUUUGCCAAUAAGCGUUGCAGAAUGCGUUUUAGCAACAGGUCAAAUUGCAUUCUGCAUUUGUGAAUCACUUCUAGUUAUUUAAAUAACAGCUAAGCUGUAAUGUAGUUUAUGCUCAAGUGAUUUCAUAAUGGCUGGAUAGUACUAUUCCAAUAACUGUCCUUAUGUCUUUGCGUAAAAUGACAGAUGACUACUGUGUGUGAGAACUUCUCUGCAUUCCCAGCAUUGCUCAGAUCGUGGCUCGAGGGAAGCCAAACUUCCUGUUAAAAAAGUAUCAGAAAGCAACGACGUCUGUGUAACAAAUGACAUUUUGAUUAAAAUCAGUAAACACAGCAUUCUAGAAAUGCAGGAAGGGACAACUGAAGGUCAUCUAGUCCAGCACUGUGUCAAAAUCAGGGCUAACACCAACACUAGCUCAGGUCAGAAGUGGCUUUGUCUGCUAGAGUGUUAAAUACAUCCAAAGAUGGAGAUUUCAUAACCCUAUAGGUUGCCUGUGCCAGUGCUGCACUACUCUACUAGUAAAAACUUUUUCUAAUGUCCGACCUGAACUCCCUAACUUUUGUGGCUGGGGACUUUUUUUUUUUUUUAUGUUAUCUGGCACUCACAGGAAGAGUGUGGCAUCAUCCUUUUUGUAACUGCCUUCCAGGUAGUUGUAGGCUACUGCUAAGGUUACCUCUUAGCCUUCUUUUUGCCUCAGUAAGCAAACCCUGCUUCCUCAGCCUCUCUUCACAGGUCUUGUGCUUUAGGCCUCUGGCUGUCUUAGUUUGGUGGAGGGCUACUCCCAGCCUCCACUGAAGCAUGGCCACCCCUAGGGGCAGAACUUUGCAUUUUUUUCCUGUCAAACCUCAGGAAGUCUCUGUUGGCUCAAGGUUAUGGAGUUCCCCUCGGACUGAGGCUCUGCCAUCUGCUGUCAGCCAGUCUCCCAAGUUCAGUGUCAUUCAUAGAUUUGCUGAGGGCACACUCAGGGUCAUCAUCCAAGUCCUUGAUGAAGAUCCUGAGCAACAGGAGAACUGUAAUCUCCAGAUUUCGGGCAAGAGCUUACUCAAGACUGCAGAGGUAUGACGUGUCCAAAGUUCGUGACUGCUGAUUGUUACGGUAAAAAGUAGGUUACCUUGCUAUUGAUGUUUCUGAGCCACAGUCUGCUUAAACUGUAUGGCUUUUCCCACUAGUACAAAGGCAAAAAGUUUUAAAAAGGAGAAGCUAAAGGAAACCAUCCAAAAAUCAAGUUCUCUUUGCAUCUUCGUGUGCCUCCUCAGCUCGAUUAAAGGAGCUAGAUGGAACAAGAGCACACACAGAUUUUAACCCCAUGGUUAUAUUUACUAUUCAAAAUCUUGGCUAUAGCACCUUCUCUAGAGGAAUCCCAAGCGGGAGCUGAUAGUAUACAUAUAUAUAUGUAUAUAUAUAUAUAUUUUUUUUAAGAAUUACAUAGUUGCCUGUGGUAAGUUAUUGUGACAUUCUUGUCGCUAAUCCCGUAUUUUUAUGAGACCUAAACUUCACUGUAAGAAUGUGACAAAUAAGGCAUGAGCUGGAGCUGUACAUUCUUAACUUCAACAAAUUCUAUAUAACUGUUUCUAAAUGAGGAAAAGAAAAUUAUUUAACUUUACAAAGAAUACAGAUAUAAAUUUACAUAAUUACACAGUCAAUUACAGAAAAGCCAUCCUGGAUUUAUCAUGUACUUGAUAUGUUGUAAACUUUGAGAACUGCCUGAACACCCAGUUUUGAAAAACUUACAGAAGUAAGUAUAUCCCCACGAGUAAUCCCAGACUUGGUGAUGUGAAUCGCAAAACUCACACUGAUUUCUCCAGGGCUGAAAUCAAUUUACAAAACUCCUUGAAUUUUGAUAAUUGCAGAAUAGAAGCCUGUAGUUCAGUGGAGAGUAAAUUCUGUUAUAGCUAUUAGGUGAAAGUAGCUUACUUCAAAGAAUGCAUAUGGGCAUAAUCAGUUGUAUGGAGGACAAUACUAGCUCCAGGGAGACCCUGCUUGCUUGCAUGGAUUGGCUUUCUAAGGCCAUUAGAAUAUUUGCUGUUGAAUUGUAAGAGGCUAGCCUAAAAAAAAAGUACAUAUGUUGCUCAAAUGUUAGUUUUGUCUAAUGUGCUGCAGCCUUAUUUUUGUAAUUAAAGCAAGUAGAGUUUUAAUUUGUUACAUAAGGUGACCUGUAAUUUUUUAAACCAGUUUUGUAAUAAUGAAAUGUAACUAGUCAGGUGACUGAAAAGUUCUCUGGAAAUUAGAGCCACUGUUGAAAGAAAUAGCAAAUUCUUAAUUUUGUUUAAAAUAAUUGCAUAAAAGAAGGUAUGCUUGAGAACCAUAUGGUCCCAGUUUUUAGCUAAUACUUGUAACUAACCCCACUUUUUAAAAGGGAGAGCAGUGUGAAUUAAACUUUAAAUCUUCAUACCUAGCUAAAUCUGCUGUGCGGGCAUAUGUGCACACACACAUUCACUGUAUCAGUGGCUUUAACAAGAGAUGUUUCUGUUUGUGCCACACACUACUGGAUAGUGCCUUGUCAGAAAGAGGACUGUUACUUUAGGGCCUUCUUAGAUGCAAUCAAACUUUGAACUCAGAAGGGGGUAGUUUCUAUUAUUAUUAUUUUUUUUAAUAAUGCAGUAAAUUGAUACGGGGGCUUGAGAAGAAAAACACAUGCUUUGUAAGGUUGAAACAGUUUUUGAUGAGUCUUGUAAACUCUUAAUUUUUCUUGGGGUGGCUUUCUCUCUCUCUCUGCCUUUCUCUCUCUUUCUCUCUUUUUCUGUUUUCUUCUUUCUUUUGUAUGUGAAAUUAUUUUAGAAUCAAGCCUUUCAAGGAAGUGGUCCUGGAGUAAAGCCCCUAAAUCCAUGUUUAGGGUCAAAAAUAACUGUCUGUUUGAAGUGCUGAGGAGCCCAAGUGCUAUCACUGAAAUGAAGAGGAGCUGUCAAACUCUGAGUAGCUUUCUUGCUUCUCCCUCCGUGUCCCCUCUGUCAGGCCACUUACUUAGGGAGCCCAAUUCUUGAAAUAACCUUAUUUAAAAAUAGGGGCCUAAGAUUUUAGGCAGUGCCUUGUGGCAAGGGAGCUGCCUUCACAUGAGUGUGAGAGUGGCAUCUUAGCCAAGAAGUGCCAAAUCCCAUUAGUCUUCCUUGACUUGUGCGCUGAUUUCGGUACAACUAUUUGUGUGCGCAACGCAAGGAGCAGCGAGUGUUGCGUUUCCGCCCUGCUCAGAGAGCGGGAAUGGAAGAAAUUGUGCAGAAUGGCAAAUAGCGUCUUUAUGUCACCUUGAAGAGUGGUUCUCACAUGGGCACAUUGGCCUAUCCUUCGCCCUCUUGCACACAAAAGGCUCCCUUAGAGAUUUAGGAGGGAAAAUGGAGAACGGCUUCUCGAGAGCAUUCCUUCAGCCAGGGCAGGCUGGGCUUACUCCCUUCUUCCUACUCUGUCCCUCUUCCUGAUGUUCCCUGUCCCAGCAUGCGCAGAGCUCUGUGCAAAGCUCCUGCUCCCAACCAUUUCAGUCACAUUCCUGUGACCUUGCAAGCGCAGAGCUGGCGUGCACCUUGAGAGCAUCCAUGUUUUGUAACCUAGUGGGAGAGGGAGCACAUUGCAUCCUAGGCUGUGUACACAUGGAGUUUUAAGUUGUGUAUUGCAACCGUGUUCAUCUAAUAAAAAUGUAACUCGAAAAAGA